UGCAAAUGUUUCGGGGUGCAAAGACCUGAUUGGUUGUCGCAGGCGGGUCUAGAGUACAAAUUUACUUUGUGAGAAAUUAUGUAGUUCAUUCUUUCCCACACAAGACCAUUGCUUCACUUGCUCCUGAUACUAAGACAAAGGAUCAAGAUGAUAUCUGUGGUGCUAUUGAUGUGCAUGCUGGGCUACUCCCUGGCUGCUCCAGCUCCUGAUAGUGGAAGCGAUGAGCAGGUUGCAGCACACGCCAACGAGGCCCUGAGGUGGAUGGAGCUCUACAGAAAGUAUGGUUCCCUCGGACAACAGGCAGCACCAGCUCAGCUCUCAAUGUUGAAUGACCCUGCUGCAGCCCCUGCUGCCCCACCUCAAGCCCCCAACUUCUACCCACUACCACCACCACCACCAAUGAACUCGGAUGAAGAGGCCCCAGCACCCCGCUAUGGCGGCUAUGGCAGCUACUAUCCCUACCCUGGCCAGGCUGCCCCUGCUGCCCCAGCCGUCCCUCUGAACUCUGACGAGGUUGGAGAGGACGCGGCUGCCGCUGAAGCCGAGGCUGAGCCAGCAGUGGACGUUGCAGCUGAGGAACCAGCAGUUGUGGACACCACCUCGCCUGUAGACCCAGCCGCUGCAGCUCCUGUCGACCCGGCCGUGGAGGUGCCUGUCAAUGUUGUUAUACCCGCUGCCGUCGACAUCCCCGCCACCAUUGACGCUGACGUCGUUGUUGUCGAUCCUGCUCUCAUAGCGCCAAACGACACCACCAUGGUGGCUGGGCCCUCAGACUCCGCCCUCCAUGUUAUGUAGGCGCCACGGCAACAGUCGCCAGCUUGCUCCUGUGUCGAGCCAGGAAGACAUUCCCUCCCGUAGUUAUAGUAACAAAAAGGUGGAAACAACAGUGAUGGAAAAGGGGCAGGGUAGGAGCAGAGAAGUCUAUGGUACGGCUACCUGAAUAGGGACAAAAUUAAUUUGGCGAAUAUGUGGGAUCUAUGUGAACCUCCAUGUAUAAAUGAGCCUGUACUGUCAUUGUGCAGUCACAAAAAAUAUGAUGAUUCAGUCUUUUCUCUUUGUGCUUUUCUCAUUCUAUAAAUAAAAAUGCCUGUUGAGAUACUGCA